ACCAUCUCUGGAGAUAAUGAGGGAUGUUAUAGGAUUAAAAAAACAUGUAUGUACAAGGAAAUAAAUGAUCAGAUUCCUCAUGUUUCAUGUACAUGACUGCAUUUCUGGUACAUGAUCUAACCUGACCUAAACUAAGAGGAAAUGUUACAAAGAACUGUUUGUGGGCUUUUAUGGUUGUUUUAUAUUUCAAAUGGUCACUUUAAUGUCUAUUUAUGUUUUUAUUACUGAGUGGUUGUCGUGUGGCUACCCAAUGAAUGCUAAGUGUUUUUUGUGCAUUACUUUAAACUGUUUUUCCCUUUUGUUUUAUUUUUACUUGUGUUUUAUGAUCUUUUUUUGAUAUUUCAUCCUGGUAUUUGUGUCUAUCAUGUGGGUUUUAUAUUACAGCAUCAGUAGCAGAGGCGUUAUAGCUCCACAAGCUGCUCUGUAGUGCACCAUUCAGCACUAUGAUUGGCUCUUUAUCCAUUGUGUAGCUUUUCAUUAUAAUUUCAGGUUCUUUUUAUUUUUUUUAAUCAAAAUUAACAGAUGUAUCUUGCGUCAUGAUUGUAAUUCUUAAAUAUAUCUCGCAAAUAUCUGCAACCACAGUGAUGGAAAGAUUGUGCCUUCAUUUGUAUUCCGUUUAAAUAAAUCACUCAAACUAUUUAUUCCUUCGUGUUUUCAUUCAGAAGCCAUUUGUUUGGGUUCAAAAGUGGUUACCUAGCAAUCUAUGAAACAAACACAUUACCAGACAGAGCUAAUUGUUUUACGCUCAGAGAUGUGUAUGGUUCUGGGAAUGGAUCGUUUACUUAGUGAGAAGGAAGAGCGGGAUACGCUUACCUGGAUAGAUAAAAUACCUUUCUCCAGGCCAAAAAAAAACGUCAGCAGGGACUUCAGUGAUGGAGUGAUGGUUGCGGAGAUUGUUAAGCAUUAUUUCCCAAGGAUUGUUGACAUUCACAACUAUAUUACUUCCUGCAAGACGCAGCAGAAACGCAACAACUGGAAACUUCUCAACAAGAAGGUGUUUUCCAAGCUGGACUUUUAUGUCUCAGAGGACAUGGUGGAGAAGAUUGUUUCAAGCACUCCUGGUGUGAUACUGCAAGUGCUGUUUUCCCUCAAGGAGAAGUUAGAGAAGAAACUGACAUUUUCAGAUGUAGAAAUUCAACAGGCCGAGGCAGAAAUUGUGGCUCAACUGGAAAAGAUGAAGAUUACAGAGCCAACAGUGGAACCGCAUCAAGUGAUAUAUUUCACAGAGAUGAGCCUUUCAGCAACCCGGCAAGUCAUACUGGAAAAAGAACUUCAGAUUGAGGAACUUCAGGAUAUUCUGAGGAACCUCUGGGUGAAAAUGAGCAAGUUGGAGGAGCUCAUUCAAUUGAAGGACAAGCGCAUUGAACAUCUGACAAGUCUUUCAGAGAUGUAUUAAACUAAAAUAAUGCUUGCCAGUCCGUGAGUCACCUCCGGCUAUUUUUUUUUUUUCUUUUGCCACAUCGGUAUUUGUUUUAAGAUGUAAUUAUUAAAGAACAACUACCAUACAUGUCCAUCCUUCCUUUUAUUCUAUAUUCUAAACAUAUUUGGAUAUAAAACAUUGUACACCAAGAUGCAAGUUUUUGAUAACAUUUCAUCUUUUAAGCUUUUAUGUGACUUCCAUACACGUGACCAUAUAUUUAUAUGUGGUCACUUGUGUAUGUUAGUCGUAUGUGACUAUUUCUGUCUACAAUGUGGGGUUGUGAGGACCACUGGUCCUUGUGGCGACAUUUUCUUGGUCCCCAUGAGGGGAAAUGGUUUGUGACUAGGGUUUAUAAGUCUGUGAUGGUUAGGUUGAGGGUUAAGGUAAGUGUUAGGCUGUAGAAAAUGAAUGGAAGUCAAUGUAUCGUCCCCACAAUGAAAACACAACUAUGUGUGUGUGAAGUUAAAUCAAAGGAUGAUUCAAUGCAGCAUUUAAGGAUGCAUAUGCAACCAGAUCACUGCAGGCUUUUUACAUUUUUCUCUAAAUCAGUUUUCUAUAUCUGUUUUUCAGAUAAGUUGUGCAAAAGUAAGCAAAAGUCCUAAAAUAAUUAUUCUGGUGUCAUUUGUUACAUUACAUAAACAUCCCAUUUUAUACUUCGCAAUUGUCUGCAACCACGGUGAUGGAAAGAUUGUGCCUUCAUUUGUAUUCCAUUUAAAUAAAACACCCAAACUAUU